AUGGCUUUACGCGGUCUUAAAGUACUUGAAUUAUCUGGUUUAGCGCCGGCUCCAUUUUGUGGUAUGCUUCUUGCUGAUUAUGGUGCUUCUGUAAUACGUGUUGAUCGAAAAGGUGAUCAACAAAAUACUCGGCUUGAUCGUCUUGCACGAGGCAAACGAUCGAUUUCAAUCGAUCUUAAAACACCAGCAGCUAUUGAUAUAUUUCGGCGGCUAUCUUCUAAAGCUGAUGUACUUAUUGAACCAUUUCGACCAGGUGUUAUGGAAAAAUUAGGAUUAGGUCCACAUGUAUUACUAAACGAAAAUAAACGUCUUAUUUAUGCUCGUUUAUCAGGUUAUGGACAAGAUGGUCCAUUAUCAAUGAAAGCUGGUCAUGACAUUAAUUAUCUAUCGAUUAGUGGCCUAUUAUCUAUGUUUGGUAGAGCAAAUAGCAAACCACAUCCACCUAUUAAUUUAGCAGCGGAUUUUGCUGGUGGUGGUUUAUUAGCUGCUUAUGCAAUUAUGUCAGCAAUAUUUGAAAGACAAGCAACGAAUCUUGGACAAGUACUUGACUUAUCACUUGCCGAAGGAUCAUCCUAUGUCAGUUCGUGGAUGUGGACUUCACGUGAUUUACCCAUUGUAUGGUUUGGUGAACAACGUGGUGAAAAUCUUCUUGAUGGUGGAACUCAUUUCUAUGAUACAUAUGAAACAUCAGAUGGACUUUAUAUGGCUGUUGGUGCACUUGAGCCGCAAUUUUAUACGCAAUUACUUCUUGGCCUUGGUCUUGAUCCCGAUGAUGAAAAGCAUAGUCAAAUGAAUAUAAAUGAAAUGAAAAUAAAAUUUGAACAAUUAUUUAAAACUAAAACUCAAAAAGAGUGGACUGAAAUAUUUAAUGAAUACGAUGCUUGUUGUACACCUGUGUUAGAUUGGAAUUCUGCAUGUGAACAUAAACAUAACCAAGAAAGAAACAAUUUUUCUACAGAUCAAAAUAAGAAUAGAAUUGUACCAAUGCCAGCACCGAAAUUUUCAGUAUCGAAAUUACCAUCAAUCAAUAGACCAUUACCAUUGCCAGGUGAACAUACAAUGGAGAUUUUACGUGAAAUUGGUUAUAGUAAUGACAAUAUUAAACAAUUAAUUAAAGAAAAUAUUGUUCAGAAUGUUGAACGAUCGAAAUCAAAAUUAUAA